UAAAAUGGCAGCCUCCAUGAGAAUAAGAACAAAUUUAGGAAAACUUGGUAUUACCCGAUUGCUUGAGGGUGACAUUACUAUAUUAAAACGCCACAUAAAGAAUAAAUUAAAUCUCAAUACUUUAAGCACGUUGACUGUGCCAAGUGGUGGCAAAGAAAGUCUGAAAUUUGAAGUCGGCAAGCUUGCAAGAUUCGCAGAUGGAUCUGUUGUAGUGACGUGUGGGGAUACAUCUGUGUUAGUCGCUGUAACAGGCCGGACAGAGCCAACACCUGGGGCAACCUUCCUGCCUCUCACUGUUGAUUACCGUCAGAAAGCGGCUGCUGCAGGCAGAAUUCCGACCAACCACCUACGGCGAGAAAUGGGAGCUUCAGAUAGGGAGAUUCUCACAGGGAGAGUUAUUGAUAGGUCACUACGACCCAAGUUCCCAGAUUCCUAUUACAAUGAAACACAGGUUACCUGCAACGUGAUGUCACUGGAUGGCGUCAAUGAUCCAGAUGUAAUCAGCAUCAAUGGAGCAUCAGCAGCCCUCGCAGCAUCGGUUAUCCCCUGGCAAGGACCAGUUGGUGCCGUUAGGGUUGGCUUUAGUAGCGACAACAAAAUCAUCAUUAACCCCAAUAGACGACAGCAACUGGCUGGCAAGGGCAGCGUUAUAGUCACAACUGAUCAGAAAGAGAAUAUAUUGAUGUUGGAAGGUGAGAUGAAGAUGGUGGACUAUGGGCUGUUUAUCGAGGGGGUGACACAGGGUGCCUCUAGCGCUACAAGUGUUGCCCAGGCCCUUGCCGAUAUCACAAAUACUUUUAAACGCCCAUUCACAGCAACCAACACAAUGCCAAGCCAGAAUGUCAUUGAUUCCAUAGAAAAGGUUCAUGAAGACAAGGUUUUUUCUGUCCUUGCAGACACAAGCCAUGACAAGAUUUCAAGAGACACAGCUUUAAAGAAAGCCAGAUAUUCAACAAUCAAGGACUGUUCAGACUUAGUGGAGAACCAACAGAUGAUUCAUGAUGCCCUGAAUGUGGUGGAAAAGAAACUCAUCAGAAAACAGAUCCUCAGUAGCUCUGUCAGGUGUGAUGGUCGCCUGCUGGAGGAUGUUCGGACAAUAUCAAGCUCGGUAGAUGUGUUCCGGCCCCUCCACGGCUCCGCCCUCUUCCAACGGGGCCAGACCCAGGUCAUGUGUACCCUGACCUUUGACUCCCUCCAGACUGCCCUAAGAUCAGACCCCAUGUCUGUCCUCACUGGUGGCAUUAAAGAGAAGAAUUUCAUGCUGCAUUAUGAGUUUCCAGCCUAUGCAACCAAUGAAAUCAAGAAUCCUGGGAUGAAAAACAGAAGGGAGAUAGGACAUGGUGCUCUAGCAGAGAAAGGAUUGCGUGCAAUAAUUCCUGAUAACUUGCCCUUCAGUAUAAGGCUUACCUCUGAGGUCUUGGAGUCCAAUGGUUCGUCAUCGAUGGCGUCAAUCUGUGCGGGCUCACUAGCGCUAAUGGAUGCAGGGGUCCACAUACUGGAACCAGCUGCAGGGAUUGCCAUGGGGCUUGUGUCUGAAAUCUCACAUAAAAGGAAGGUCUACAAGCUCCUCACAGACAUCAUGGGCCUGGAGGACUAUUUUGGUGACAUGGAUCUGAAGGUUGGUGGCACGAAAACUGGAUUGACGGCUAUACAGAUGGACCUCAAGAUCCCAGGAAUCCCGGUCAGCGUUUUACGACAGGCCAUAAUCCAGAGUCAGGCUGGUCUAGCCCAUGUUCUGGAUCGUAUGCAGGAGACGUCAGGACUCUCUCAGCCAAGACCCUCAUUUAAGCCGAACGGUCCUGUGAGAGAGCUAGUCACAGUCCUUCCAGCCAAGAGGGCUGGCUUCCUCGGUGUUGGAGGACACAAUAUGAAGAAACUUCAACAUGAUGUCGGGGUGACAAUCACGCCUGUUGAUGAGAGUCAGUACGAGGUGUUCGCCCCUAACAGUGAGGCCAUGCAGGAGGCCAUGGAAAUCAUCAACAAAAACCUGGAGUCAAAAAAAGAACCUGAGCUGGAAUUCAAUGCUAUUUAUGAGUCAAAAAUAGUUGAAAUACGGGAGAAUGGUGUGAUGGUUCAGAUUCACCCAGCCAUGGAUCCUGUAUUUGUGCCGAACAGACAGCUGGACCAUAGACAAGUACAGCAUGCGAGUGCUCUGGGCCUGCAGGUUGGUCAGAUGAUCUCGGUAAAAUAUUUUGGGCGCGACCCUGUGUCAGGGCAUCACCGUGUGUCACGUAAAGUCCUCUCUGCCCUCUCCAGCAAAACCUUUCAGUAUAUGGACAAUGGCACGAGCCGUAAGAAGAAAAAAGUUUAAAGCCAACUGUGAAAAUUAUAGCUUUUUUUUAAAUUGAAACUUUGUUAUUUGUGUUUAAAAAUUAUUAAACCUAAAAACAGA